GACACCGGCCGCAUCUGCCGCUUCGUGGAGAAGCCACGCGUCUUUGUGUCCAACAAGAUCAAUGCUGGGCUCUACAUUUUCAGCCCUGGCAUCCUGCAACGCAUCCAGCUGCGCCCCACCUCCAUCGAGAAGGAGAUCUUCCCAGCCAUGGCACAGGAAGGGCAGCUGUACGCCAUGGAGCUGCAGGGCUUCUGGAUGGACAUCGGGCAGCCGAAAGACUUCCUCACAGGCAUGUGCAUGUACCUGCAGGCGCUGCGGGCUCAGCACCCUGAGAAGCUGCACUCGGGGCCUGGUGUCGUAGGGAACGUGCUGGUGGACCCCAGCGCCAAGAUUGGGGCAAACUGUGUCAUUGGCCCCAACGUGACGAUCGGGGCUGGCGUGGUGGUGGAGGACGGGGUGCGCAUCAAACGCUGCACCGUGCUGAAGGGGGCCUGCAUCCGCUCCCACUCCUGGCUGGACUCCUGCAUCGUGGGCUGGAGCUGCUCUGUGGGGCAGUGGGUGCGUAUGGAGAAUGUGACAGUGCUGGGCGAGGACGUCAUUGUCAACGAUGAGCUCUACCUCAACGGGGCCAACGUGCUGCCACACAAGUCCAUCGCUGAGUCCGUGCCAGAGCCACGCAUCAUCAUGUAGCAGCCCCUGCACUCCUGGCUCUGCUUGGAUUAAAUAUUUGUAUUUCCA